AUGUCAGUUUCACUCGUCAAGGAAAAGCUACUUGCAGUGGCACAUUCAGGAGCUUAUUCUCUGUUUACUCCGUCGGAAACACGUGCUCUUGCAGGACAAUUAGAUGUGUUUCUCCGAGACCAUUCAUCAGACAAACUUACACCACUCGAAUACUACGAUUUAUUGGAACUACAAUUCUACCUAACACUUAUCAGUAACGAAGAUAAGAAGGCCAAGAGUAUUUUGGAUCAAUUGCAGGACCAAUUCUCCAGCAAGGACUCUCAACGACUCAAACUUAUGAAGUCUAUUUAUUUGGAAGCCAUUGGCCAAUCGACUGAAGCCAUAGAGGCUCUUAAGGGUAAUAAAGAUGAAAUGAGAUUAGCCAGAAGAAUGGCUACGUUUGCCAGGAAAGCAGAUAAUAAUGAAGGAUAUAUUAAGAAUCUUGUGUCUUAUUUGGAUCUUCAACCUCUGGAUACGAUGGCAUGGGAUGAAUUAUCUUUUGAGUAUUCCAAAGUGGGUGCUUAUAAUAAGAGCGUAUUUUGCCUUGAGGAGAUUGUCCUUCAAGAUCCAUUGGCUUAUCAGUGUUUCUAUAAGAUUGGCUUGAACAAUUACUAUUGGGGUAAACAGUUGAUGGAAGGGCUUUGGGGGUCGUCGUCUCAGGGUCAACCAAAGAAGGAGAAGAUCGUGACGUUGAUUACAGUAUUGAGUAGUGCUCGCGAUAACUGGUUGAGAUGUAUUGAGAUUUUCCCUAAACAUACAAAGAGCUGGGUAGGGAUUUAUUUGAUACUGAAUGAAUCAUUCAUACUUAAGUUGAACAAGUGGGUCCAUAUAAGGGAAGUGGAGCAGUUUAUAAGUCACAGUAGACAGUUGACUAUUAAGGCAGAAUCAACUAUUAAAAAACUUGAAGGUAUUUCCGAUGAUAAUACAUUCCAUGAACUUAUUAGUAUAUAG